AUCAGGGCUGGGGACAGGUGGUUUGAUCAAUUCCUCUAUAGCCGAAGAAUUAAAAACGUUACGCCAAAGGUGGAGGACUUCGCAACGUUGCCAUUCUUUAUAAUGAUCAAAGGAGAUACACCGACAGUCGGGUGCCAUGUGAAGUUGUGCGACAGCACCAAUGGAAAAAACUACGCGGUUCUCUGCUACUAUGGACAGCCGCACGUCAAGGUGGGCGAGCCUCUCUACAAGGACGGUAAACCAUGCUCUGAAGUUUUCGGCUAUCACUUGCAAAGGUCGAAAGAAACUUUGCAGGCAAAGACUGAGGUUGUACUGCUAGUGAUUUUUUCGCCAGAGAAUAAAGAAUUUUGUGAAGCAUUCUGUAAAGCUGGUCUCACACUAAGAAAUAUGCUGAACCACACAAUCCAAUGCUCUCGG